CUGUAAGGAACACCAGCACGACCUCCUGCGGCAUCAAAUAGAUCCAGUACAAACCAAUUAAAGUGAAUCUUUAGCAGCGUCGAUUCUGUGAAGAGAGGAUCAGAAACAGCGUUUGGAGAGAAGAACAGAGGAUUCAGUGUGAUCUGAAGGAGGAGAGAUGUCCUCCAAAAUGAGUCUCUCUGAGGAACAGGGCACACAGGAAGCUGAGAGGCUGAAUCAGUGUAAGAGAUCUGACUCACCUGAACCCAGCUGUGUGUCCAUGAAGAGUGACUGGUCAAUGAGCAGAAUAUUAGGGUUUAGAGAUGGUCAUAGAUCUACUAAGUUCAGGCUGAAUCAGGGUAAGAGAUCAGACUCACCUGAACCCAGCUGUGUGUCCAUGAAGAGUGACCAGUCAAUGGGCAGAAUAAUAGGGUUCAGAAAUCGUCACAGAUCUACUAAGUUCAGACUGAAUCAGGGUAAGAGAUCUGACUCACCUGAACCCAGCUGUGUGUCCAUGAAGAGUGACCAGUCAGAGGACAGAGAUAUAAACUUCAGAAGUGAUAACAGAUCUGCUAAGUUCAGGCUGAAUCAGGGUAAGAGAUCUGACUCACCUGAACCCAGCUGUGUGUCCAUGAAGAGUGACUGGUCAAUGAGCAGAAUAUUAGGGUUCAGAGAUGGUCAUAGAUCUACUAAGUUCAGACUGAAUCAGGGUAAGAGAUCAGACCCACCUGAACCCAGCUGUGUGUCCAUGAAGAGUGACCAGUCAGAGGACAGAGAUAUAAACUUCAGAGGUGAUAACAGAUCUGCUAAGUUCAGACUGAAUCAGGGUAAGAGAUCUGACUCACCUGAACCCAGCUGUGUGUCCAUGAAGAGUGACUGGUCAAUAGGCAGAAUAAUAGGGUUCAGAAAUCGUCACAGAUCUACUAAGUUCAGACUGGAUGAAGGUGAGAGAUCUGACUCACCUGAACUCAGCUGUGUGUCCAUGAAGAGUGACCGGUCAGAGGACAGACUUAUAGAUUUCAGAGAUGAUAACAGAUCUACUGAGUUCAGACUGAAUCAGGGUAAGAGGUCAGACCCACCUGAACCCAGCUGUGUGUCCAUGAAGAGUGACCAGUCAAUGGGCAGAGAUAUAGACUUCAGAGGUGAUAACAGAUCUACUAAGUUCAGACUGAAUCAGGGUAAGAGAUCAGACCCACCUGAACCCAGCUGUGUGUCCAUGAAGAGUGACCUGUCAAUGGGCAGAAUUAUAAACUUAAGAGAUGGUCACAGAUCUACUAAGUUCAGACUGAAAAAAGAUAAGAGAUCAGACCCACCUGAACCCAGCUGUGUGUCCAUGAAGAGUGACUGGUCAAUGAGCAGAAUAAUAGGGUUCAGAAAUCGUCACAGAUCUACUAAGUUCAGAGAACAGAAGGAGACAUCAGAAACUACUAAGAGAAACAUGGAGCUCUUAUUCGAGGAUCUGGAGCACAAAGUCAUCUCUCUGGUAAAGAAUCAGCUGAAGAGGUUUGUGAAGUUUCUGAGUCUGGAUUACCCAGCAUGCUCUGAGAGAGAAGUGGAGGAUGAGGAGGAUCAGAGUGUCAGAGAGGGAGCGCUGAAGAUCACACUGCACGUCCUGAGGAACAUGAACCAGACAGACCUCGCUAACACACUACAGACCAAACUGGCUCCUUCCUGUCAUCUAAAGCUCAAAUCCACACUGAUGGAAAAAUUUCAGAAAAUUAAUGAAGGACUCUCGAAUCCUGAAAUAUCAACACUUCUGAAUGAGAUCUACACAGAGCUGUACGUCACAGAGGGCGGGAGUGGUGAGGUCAAUAAUGAACAUGAGGUCAGACAGAUUGAAACAACAUCCAGGAGACCAGCAACACAGGAGACGCCCAUCAAAUGCAACGACAUCUUUAAAGACAAACCCAUCAGAACUGUGCUGACUAAAGGAGUCGCUGGAAUUGGAAAAACAGUCUCUGUGCAGAAGUUCAUUCUGGACUGGGCUGAAGGAAAAGCCAAUCAGGAUGUUCUCUUCAUAUUUCCACUUCCUUUUAGAGAGCUCAACUUGAUGAAAACUAAUACACUCUGUCUGGUGGAUCUUCUACAUCAGUUUUUCAAAGACACAAAAGAAUUAAAACCCAGAGACUAUGAUCACUACAAAGUCAUGUUCAUCUUUGAUGGUCUGGAUGAAUGUCGACUUCCUCUAGAUUUCCAGAACAAUAAGAGUGUAUUUGAUGUAACACAGUCAGCCUCAGUGGAUGUGCUGCUGACAAACCUCAUCAAGGGGAAUCUGCUUCCCUCUGCUCUCCUAUGGAUAACUACUCGACCAGCGGCAGCCAGUCAGAUCCCUCCUGACUGUAUUAACCAGAUAACAGAGGUACGAGGGUUCAGUGACCCUCAGAAAGAGGAAUACUUCAGGAAAAGGAUCAGUGAUCAGAGCCUUGCUGAAAGAAUCAUUACACACAUGAAGUCCUCAAGAAGCCUCUACAUCAUGUGCCACAUCCCAGUCUUCUGCUGGAUUGCAGCCACUGUUCUAGAGAGGAUGUUGGGUGAAGCAGAGAGUGGAGAGAUCCCCAAGACUCUGACUCAAAUGUUCACACACUUCCUGAUCUUUCAGAUCAAACACAGCAGCCAAAAGUACCAAAGAGAAAGUGACAUUGAUCAUAAACAGACUAGAAAGAUGAUUCUGGCACUGGGAAAACUGGCUUUCCAACAGCUGGAAAAAGGGAACCUGAUCUUCUAUGAGGAAGACCUGAGAGAGUGUGGCAUUGAUGUCAGAGAAGUGUCAGUGUACUCAGGAGUGUGUACUCAGAUCUUCAGAGAGGAGUUUGGGCUGCACCUGGGGAAGGUUUUCAGCUUUGUGCAUCUGAGUCUUCAGGAGUUUCUGGCUGCUUUAUAUGCAUUUAUGUCCUUCAUCUCCAACAACAGAAGUGUGCUGCUACAGCAAACCACUGGAUUUUCUGGUUUAUUUAAAAAGACAACAAUGUCUGAUUUCCUCAAGACUGCAGUGGACAAGGCCUUACAGAGUGAGAAUGGACACCUGGAUCUUUUCCUCCGCUUCCUUCUGGGCCUCUCACUGGAGUCCAAUCAGACUCUCUUACGAGGUCUAAUGACACAGACAGGAAACAGCUCUCAGAGCAAAGAGGAAAUAGUCGAGUACAUCAAGGUGAAGAUCAGGGAGAAUCCCUCUCCAGAGAAAACAAUCAGUCUGUUCCACUGUCUGAAUGAACUGAAUGAUCGGUCUCUAGUGCAGGAAGUUCAAACAUACCUGAACAGAGGAGGUUCCAGUGGUCUCCGUGGAGCUAAGCUCUCUCCUGCUCAGUGGUCAGCUGUGGCGUUUGUGAUGCUGAAUUCAGAAGAGGAGCUGGAUGAGUUUGACCUGAGAAAAUUUGACCCAUCAGAUGAAUGUCUUCUGAGGCUGCUGCCAGUGGCCAAAGCAUCUAGAAAAGUUGUGCUGUGGAGGUGUGAUCUCACAGAGAAAAGCUGUGUAGAUCUAUCCUCAGCUCUCAGCUCAAACUCCUCAAGUCUGACAGAACUGGACCUGGGUUUCAAUAAACUGCAGGAUUCAGGAGUGAAGCUGCUCUCUGCUGGACUGAAGAGUCCACACUGUAAACUGGAGAAAACUGGAGCUGUAUAACUGUAAUCUCACAGAGAAAAGCUGUGCAGUUCUGUCCUCAGUUCUCAGUUCAAACUCUUCAACUCUGAGAGAACUGAACCUGAGUGGGAAUGAACUGCAGGAUUCAGG